GGAAAGACAUAAAAUACAAUACAGCGAACAUAAAAGUAGGUUACUGCAAAUGACUUCUGCUUUAAAAUAUUCAUCCUGAAGUCACGGGAACAAUGGGCCAAAUGGCCUGUACCAUUUCAAUCACCAGCAGGCAGCUUAAAUUACAUUUUUUAAAAAGUGAUCAGUCGAGGAUAAGCUGAGAGAAGAUCAAUUUACAGGCUAUCUGAGAGAAAAAUCAAAGUGAACAUUUCUUUUGGAAGACCUGAGCGAGGGAAUGUACCAAAAAAUUAGUCAAAACGUAAUUUAAUUCUAUGUUUAUGUUGUAGGCUGGCUUUGAGAAAAAUACCGUUUGGACUUUUCUGGAACAUUUGCUGAAGUUCAGUUAAAUUUGAGGGGGCGAACCUGUUCUAAAUAAAAUGUGGACUUUCCUGGGAAUUGCGACUUUUACUUAUGUCUAUAAGAAAUGCGAUGAUUUACUGAGCGUGAGCUACGCUAACAAGGAGGUGCUCGGGGCAUUCCUGAUAUUUUUCUCCCUAGGGUUGAUCCUGUCCUAUCGAUACAGAUACGGGCAUGGCAACGGCAGAAAGCAACCUUCAAACCUCGGGUUCAUCUCCCAGCUCCUCUCAGCCCUGCCCCUGGCAAGCUCUCUCUUCAGUGGGCCCACAGACUCCAGCAAUACUGAGCAAGGCAAGCCCAAGAAACGGACGAUCAGUUUCUCAGAAUCUGCUCAGACAGAGAACUCUUUCAGCACCAGGAUUUCUUCGCAAUCCGAUCCAGAGAUCAUCAUUGUGGGCUCUGGGGUCCUUGGCUCCGCGAUGGCUGCAGUCCUUGCAAGGGAUGGAAGGAACGUGACAGUGAUCGAGAGAGACUUGAAGGAACCUGACAGAAUUGUCGGAGAGUUGUUACAGCCCGGGGGAUAUCGUGCAUUGAAAGAACUUGGUCUUGAAGGUACGGUUGAAGGUCUUGAUGCCCACAUCAUAAAUGGUUACGUCAUACAUGACAUGGAAAGUAAGACAGAGGUGGAAAUCCCUUAUCCUCUGGAUGAAAACAGUCAAGUGCAAUAUGGGACAGCGUUUCACCAUGGACGUUUCAUCAUGGGUCUCAGAAAUGCAGCCAGGGCAGAACCCAAUGUAAGAUUCAUCGAAGGAACAGUGUUACACUUACUGGAAGAAGAUGGUGAAGUUACAGGAGUUCAGUACAAAGAAAAGGAAAGUGGAGAUAUAAAGGAACUCCAUUGCCCACUGACUGUGGUAGCUGAUGGGCACUUCUCUAAGUUCAGGAAAAGCUUGGUGAAGAGCAAAGUCGAUGUUUCAUCACAUUUUGUUGGGUGCAUUAUGAAGGACUCUCCACAAUUCAAACCGAACCAUGCAGAACUUGUUCUUACGAACCCUAGUCCUAUUCUUAUCUAUCAAAUUUCAUCUAAUGAAACACGAGUAUUAGUGGACAUCAGAGGGGAAAUGCCAAGACAUCUUAAAGACUUCAUGAUCGAAAAAAUCUAUCCACAGCUUCCAGAGCACAUAAAAGAACCAUUCCUACUUGCAGUCCAGAACGACCGCCUACGCACUAUGCCGGCAAGUUUCCUCCCACCAUCACCAGUGAAUAAACCAGGUGUGCUCCUUUUGGGUGAUGCGUAUAACAUGCGUCACCCUCUCACAGGGGGCGGGAUGAGCGUUGUACUGAACGAUGUAAGGAUAUGGAAAAGUCUCCUGUGCGAAAUUCCGGACCUCCAUGAUAAUGAAGCAGUGCUAAAGGCUAAGAAGAAAUUUCACUGGACAAGGAAGAAGUCCCAUUCCUUUGUGGUGAAUGUCCUGGCUCAAGCUCUGUAUGAACUAUUUGCUCCGACAGAUGAUUCCCUGCAUCAACUCCGGAAGGCCUGCUUUCAUUACUUCAAACUGGGUGGACAAUGCAUGACGGGACCAGUGGGGCUGUUAUCUGUACUUUCUCCUGAACCAAUGACUCUGAUUGGGCACUUCUUUGCUGUGGCACUCUACGCGAUCUAUUUCUCGUUCAAGACAGAACCAUGGUAUAUGAAACCACGGGCCUUGGUGAAUGGUAGUGUCAUUGUCUAUCGGGCAUGCUCAGUUAUUUUUCCUCUCAUUUAUUCUGAAAUUAAAUAUCUUGUUUACUGAAUAACGUGAAAAUGAUAAAGAUGAGCAAGAUCAGAAAAUCACACCGAGCCUUUGCAAUAGUUGGACUAUUUACCUCAUUGUUGUGUCUAAAAAUUGGAUACUGUUGUUGAAAGAGUCAAGACCCGUCCUAUGGCCAAUUGAGUAGCAGAAUGACCAUUUAUCAAUCUCACACUUGUAGACUUGUGCUCCAACUAUGUAACUGCAACAUACUUAACAAGCACAUUUUAAUGGUGUACAUGUAAAAUGGCUUGUGUCAUGCAGUGCAAAUUGGACACACGUUUUAAACAGUGUUGAUUAUGGCUUGUGGCAAUGGGCUUGUCACAUUGCUGUUAAUGGAGCACUUUUGUUGUUCGUUCUAAUUGUUCAAACUCAAACUUCUAUCUAAAACAUUUGAAAAAGGCGUGUUCCUAAACCAAAAUUGCUCCCCAAGUGGGUGGCAGGGAGAAGCAGAGGCAUUUAUAGUCAAUUCAUUCCCACUGUUGCCUUCAACAUUUCAUGGGUGCGUUUCCACAGGGGUUCUCCUAAUCGUUCACUGCGACUUGGGUGGAAGAGUCGCAAUGACCCUGUGAUUAAAGAACUUCUGCGGAAAUUCAACCACAGCAUUCUUUUAAAAGCCCGCUUUUCUCUGUUAAAGUGAAUGGGAGAUUCGAUUAUUAUUUACCUGACUGCAUUUAAGUAACAUGUUAUUUAUUAUAACUCAGAUUUGGAUUUUCCUGAUGAUUUCAUUACUGCAAAAACAUUCCAACAUCAUUAAACCAUUUAUCUCUGAAACAGGUCAUUUCUUGGAGACAACGUAGACUAGUAAUUUUUUUUUUUGAAAAGAGGGACAAGAGUAAGGCCACAUUAAUGGUGCAUCACUGGUGUUCCCCACACACAGGAGCCAGAAUUUGAUUUGCCGAUGCCAUUCGAUCUUAAUAUUGUAGGUGAGUUUCACUAGUUCACAACUAGUUUGCUCAGCAUGGCUCUUCAGAUUACAGUGAUUGGUCUCCAACGGGACCAUAAAACCAAUGGAAAUGGGUUCCAGCAGCAAGGAACAAAAUUAGGUCAACAGUGACAAACUGUUACUGCCACAGGGCUGAAGCAAGAAGCUAACAAGGCAGAAACUAGCAGUGAUCUAAUAUAAGGGGAGAAGAGGACCAAAAUCUUUAGUGGUUUGGUGGCUUUCCAAGUUCCCUCUAUAAAAUGAUUGCCCAUGUGCCUAUAUUUUUCUUAAUUUUAUGUACAUAUAUUUUUGAGUGGAAAAUUAUUUGCAGUACUGAUUUGUAACCACUUGGUGUUACUUGUAUCCAAAUUUACAAAAUACUGCAGCCAUAUCGAGAGCUGGUUAAACAAACUUGGUGCAUUUCCCAGUCGGCAGGAUUCAAUACAUUUAGUUUUGGUUUUUAAUUAUAUUCUUUCAUUCCUGGUUUAACUAAACAAAACUGAAUUUGUGCCAAACGGGCCACAUAUCUUCCUUUAAUCACACCCUCUUGAUCGUAUGUUUGCAUCUGAAAUUUGUGUACUAUAUUAAAAGUGUAUAUAAUGUACAAUUGUAAAAUCAGUAAUGAAUUUUCCCAGCUAUAUUUGUUCAUUAUCUUUAGUUAUUCUAUCAUUGAAUCCCUGAAUGUUCUAUAUUAAUAUUCAACACUUUAUUAAAAGGUUUA